AUGAUAAAAGCCGGGAAUGGGCACCAUACCACAUAAACUGUAUUCUAAUGGCUAAUGCAAACAGGACAGGCAGCAAUGGAGAGAGUUAUCAUGGAGAUCGGAUGGAUAUAAAAGUAAGAAAAGAUCAAUCUGGUUAAAUUAUACCAAAAUAUUGCAACAUUUUGUCCAAGAAAAAUGCGAUAUUCCUCGUACAUUUACACACCAUUCCUGAUGCGAACUUAAGUGGCUCAUAUCCACAGUUCAUUGUUUUAAUACUAGAUUAAUUCCAUUGUUUGUAAAUUGCAUUUGCACGGCUGCAACGGAACCUUUCAACCCGUCGAUAAUAGUUUUAUCGCCGUUCCAAUCAAUUAUUAACCGUUUUAUUUACCUUUGGGGUAGUCCAGAAACGGUAACUGACGGUAACGGGGGUAAAGUCUACCCCUGCCCCAGCCGCCUGGGAAAUAUCACAAUCGGUGUAAUGUUACAGCGAGGGAGGCCGUCAUUGAGAUAGAGAUUAUUCGCGCGACAGACAACUACAACAGAACAAUUAUGAUUAUUAGGAUACGUCACUUGAUGGUGGUAGCCUUGAUAGCUCCAAUUCUAGCACAAGAAUGGCAAGGUGAUAGUGAUACAUGCGGUCGACAGUAUGAGGGGUCGAGUACUAUGAUCGUCGGGGGGCAGAUGGCCGAUGAAUUUGAGUAUCCAUGGCAAGCGGCUUUCUACCGAGGUGGACGCCGAAUCUGCGGUGCUUCGGUCAUCCAUAAAGAAUGGAUCAUCACUGCAGCUCACUGCGUGGAUAUCAUCUUCGAGCCCGAGAUCUUUGAGUUCCGGGUGGGUUCUAAGAGUCUCGUCAACAGCACACAGGCGACCCAAAUGCGACAGGCUAUGGAAGUCUACGUCCACCCCGACUUCAACCCCUCAACUUUAGACUAUGACAUCGCUCUUUUCAAGAUGGCGAAAACUUUCAACAUCUGGGCCGAUUACGAGGUGAACACGGUGUGUUUACCAAAGAAGAGUGAUGAGUCGAUGUUCUUGGUUGGUCAAGAUGCUGUCGUGACAGGCUGGGGUGCUCUGCAACAAGGAGGUCCGAGUCCGACCGAGUUAUAUGAAGUGACCGUUCCCAUCUACGACCAACACGAAUGCAACGUCUCUUAUUCAGGAGAUAUCACCGACAACAUGAUAUGCGCCGGAGUAGCAGAGGGAGGAAUAGAUUCUUGCCAGGGUGACAGUGGAGGACCAAUGGUAGCCUACAAGAACGGAACAUCAGACCAAUACUAUUUGAUUGGUAUUGUGAGUUGGGGAUUCGGAUGUGCUCAGCCGGAUUUUCCGGGCGUGUAUACCCGGGUAACCGAAUUUGAAGAUUGGAUCAGUCCCAUAUUCAAUGGUGGAAAACCGACCACUAAGGAUGGUACGUGUGAAGAGGAGGAGUUCUUAUGUCGAGGAGGAGAGUGUAUACCUGAUAUUUAUCGGUGCUCUGGACGAGGACAAUGCUAUCAUGAUACUGAUGAAGAAUUUUGUGAUGGACUCCUAAAGAUGUUCGAUGUCUUCUACUAUGAGCGCAUCGACCCAUCAAACAUUAGCCGAACAGACCUCAACCAGACAACGAAGGAACACUGCGCAAACACAUGCAUUGGCAUCGGAUGUCGGGCCUUUGACGUUAGCGUUGAAGAGGGCGGGUCUUAUAAAUGCGAGUUUGCCAUGGACGGCUACAUCACCAUCGCAGAGCCUAACGAUGUCAACAGAACUUUCAAUCACUUUGUUUUUCAGUCCCAAGAACCCGAGUCCGUGUUUAACCAGGCGGCGGGUGUCAUUGGAUCACCAUCUUAUUUCGACACUUCUCCUGCGCCUGGCAAUCAAAGAUACACGUGGACCAUCUACGUGCCUAUUACGGGAACCGACACAAUAAAAUUCACCAUCCUUCACGUAGAAGGUAACGCAACUUGCAAGGACGUUGAUAACAAUUUCGCACUUCUGUCCAUCGCUGGCGGCAGUGACGUCGAGAAAACAUCCUUCUGUCUCAAUGACAAUGCAAUGGGAGCCGAAUUCAUGAUCAAGGGUACCGAAGCAAUCGUCGAGAUGAUGACGUCAGACUCGGCUGCUUUCGGUUUUCUCCUUGAAUACGAAGCAUUCUAUGAUUGCGACAAAGUUUAUACAGUUGCACCGGGUGUUGUGACGUCACCAAUGUACCCCGAGGAAUAUCCUAACAGUAUAUCCUGCACAACACAUCUCAUGGCUCCAGAAGGUGAGGUGGUGUACUUUAGCUUUGAUGAGAUGAAUGUGGAAGCCCACCCUUCCUGUAUAUACGACUACGUGGCACUCUACGAUGGGCCAGACGAGAAUGCACCUCUCGUAGGCUACUACUGCGGCAGUAAGGUCCCGACGACAAGAUUCCAGUCCACAGGCCGGGAUAUGUUCAUCAAGUUCUCUUCGGACGGGUCCGUGGUGCUCACAGGAUUUAAAGCCAUUUUCGACUUUGAUAUCGCACGCGAACCGACAGCAGACCCUGACAUUGCCGUCAUCAACUCCCUUGAAAGCGAGCUGUCCGGGUACAAGUUUGGAAUGGCAGCAGCCUGUAUUUUGGGCGCCCUUCUUGUGAUGGUGAUAUCGGCAUCACUCUACACAGUCAACAAGCGUGACGCCAUGAACGCCGCCAGAGUGGAAGAGCUCCAAGCAGCCGCGGAGGAAACAAAGCCUGGUUACCACAAAAUCGAAGAUGAAGAGGAAACUGACAACCAUUACGCACGGAUUACUGACAACCACAAGACUAACAGUAUCCCAAAGUCAAAAGGUAGCCAUGGAACCCAAGCUAACAAGGCUGCUAUCAUAGCCGAGACCGGACACGUUGCCCAAGAGAAAGCAAAUGGGGAUGUCAACAGCAACGUCAAUGACGACGGAGGCGUCAUCAACAAGGGAUUCACUAAUGACGAGGGCCUAGCCGAAGAGGCUGCCGCCGCCGUGGCUGCUUUUGAUGCGGCCGUCGUCGAAUCGAACGAAGGUGCGCUGGACGACACAGAAGGAGAUAACGCCGGGUACCAGACCAUCAUCGUCGCUGCCGACGUCACCCCUCAGCCAAAGGAGAAUACGGAAAAUACCUUCCCGCACCCACCACCAGCUGAUACUAGUAGUGUACCACCACCACCAGAAGAGACGCCGCCACCACCCCCUCCAGAGGCUGAUGGUGCACCUUACGACGAAGAACGCUCAGCGCUGUAGAGCACUUAAGUCGAACCAACCAUCGACUCGGAUCGGCGCAAAUGUGGGGGCGCUGUGCAAAACACUUCUGAAACUGCUUAAUCAUAUGAGGGUUCUACUUCUUGCAUUUUCACAUUGGAGUUAUAUCAGCCUAUUGUUAAACGAAAAUGGCACGCCCCCUGUAAUGCGAUUAAUGCUAGUCUUCCAAAAGAUAAAAAGGACCCGAGCCCAUAUUCUCCAUGCGAUGCUGUAAAGCUUCUUGUCGAUUGAUAGGAUAUUGUAUAAAUUGACAACUAUACGCUUGGUGAAUUUAAUGAAUAUUUGCACGAGUUGUUAUUAUGGUUUUGAAUUACUUUAUUCACUCUCCAGUGGAAUGUAGGAUGCUCGAAUGGCAUAAAUUAUCGCCAUCGAGUAUCCAAUUUUUGAAAACGGUUAUACGAUUAAUAACAUUAAGAAAGGAUAUCGUGAUGAUAAUGUUAAACAAAUAUAACAAUAAAAUAACGGAAUAUAAUGUAUACAUACAAAUAUUAAUAAAAAUGAAUUAAAUUCCGAUCGUUUGCAACUAAUGCCUCUUUGAGGAUCCAAAAAUGGUGUUAUCAUAUUAAUACUAAUUAGGGGUUUUUGCUCCACGAUGAAUGAUGGAUUCAAGAACACAGAAAAUGUAUUUAUGACAAAGCUGUCUUUGUUGAAAAUCGGUGAAUCAAAGUUUCGCCCUAGACUCUGGAGUCUUGACAAGUGAGAUAUUUGCAAAUCUUCGUCAUCUCACAUCUGAGAAUCUUCAUGAUCUUACGACGAUCAGCUGUCCCUUUUCACCAACUUUCGACAAAGACCUCCUAGCUGUUCAUUGUGAUUUUCUAUGUUGUUGAAUCCAUCCCCGUCGCGAUCGUAAAAACCCCCGACCGUCUUCGUCACGAAAACGUGACAGUUAUAGAAUUCUCUCGUAUUUCACUCUGGUGAACCUUACCUGGAGGCCGUUUCAUAAAAUUUUUUGUAAGUUAAGAGCUACUUUGAGAACGACUGGUCACUGGUGACCCCUUCAUACGCGCUAAACCAUCGCCAAUUCAAUAUACCAUUUACCACAAGAAAGGAUCACCAGUCAUUUUAAAGUCGCUCUUAACUUACGAACAGCUUUAUGAAACACCCACCUGUAAAUAUUAGAGAUAUGUCUAGACCUAUGUAACUCGUCCACUGUCAGGAUUCAUGUCACAAUUGAAAUGGUGGUCUUAAUCGUGGAACAUAUCAUAGCUCGUGUCAGAUCAUAUCAGAUCAGAAGUAGAAAUUGUAGGAUCGUAUUUUUUUUUAAAGGUUCAAUUUUGGUGGCGAUCAGCUACGAAAAGCCAAUUGUGGCGUUCGUAUCAUAUUGCAAGACAGUGGGAAGGAAACUCCAAAUAGGACACAUUUUUUCAAACAAAUACCAAUGCUUUGUCUUUCUUGGGCUAAAUAAAUGAUAUACUACUCACUUAUUCCGGACUAUUAUUUCACAGAGGCGACUGAAAGAGUGAAAGCAUAAACAUAUCUUAUUUCAAAACCUAUCAUUAAAUUUUCAUUGAUAAAAUAUUGUAUAUUUGCCUUAUAUUUG